AUGGCGCGUCUUACGGGCGUCUCGUGGGCGGACGGCGCGUCUCACGGGCGGACGGCGCGUCUCACGGGCGGACGGCGCGUCUUACGGGCGUCUCACGGGCGGACGGCGCGUCUCACGGGCGUUUGGUCGGUUGAAUCGCCAUGUGAGCAGGACUUUAGCAAGAAGACAGAUUCACACGAGGAGACUGCGGGGUUGUGCGAGCGGGGUUGGGGCAGGGGUGCGGCGGAGAGGGAGGGAAGCCCCAGCCCGACUUCUCCGCCCCCCCUCCCGCUCCACUGCCCCUUCUGCACUGCACCGACUAUCUUCACCGACUUCCGGCACUGCACCGACUCUCUUCUACGACUCUUCACCACCGUGGAGCAGCAAGAGUGGGAGCCAUGGCGCUCAGCGAGUGUGGCGCGACGGGAGAGCGAGUUCAACUUCAAGCUUCACCCUGCUCGCGGCGUGGAAGCGGCAGGAGCUCACGGCGCUGCCAGCAACGACUCAUGCACGUGUGCAGCUCACGGCGUGGAAGCGGGAGCGGAAGCUGACGGUGACGGCUGCAACGACUCAUCCACGUGUGCAGCUCACGGCGUGGAAGCGGGAGGUGACAUCGCUGGCUGCAACGACUCAUCUUACGUGGUACGUCGUCCAUUCCGUGCAGAUCACGGCGUGGUAACGGGAGGUGACGUCGCUGGCGGCAACAGAAGGCUGCAACGGCUCAUCCGCGCGAGAGGACAACGGCGGGAGCCAACGGCGCGGGCGGGGACAACGACGCUGACGGGGACGAUACGACGGCGCGGGCGGAGACAACGGCACUGGCGGGGAGGACACGACGGCUCUGGCGGGGACGACAGCUCUGGCAGGGACGACGACUCUGGCGGGGACGACGGCGCUGGCGGGGACAACGGCGCUGGCGGCGAGGAGGGAGCGUGGAGCGAGGAAGUUUGA